GCCCACAAACUAAAUUAAUAUCAUCAUCUGUUUGUUUUCAAUAAUACAACCAAAUAAAUCCACCAAUGUAAAAUCUUCUGUGCGAUCCUUAACCCAUAAGCAAACGACUCGUAGCUCCGCGUUUCAUCAGUGUAGCAGGUGUGCGAUUACAAAAUUCAUCUUCCUGUUAUCUCGUUACAAUCAAUCCCGGGUAAGAUUCAUAAACCUCCAGCGACGCCUUGCUCUUGAUCCGAUCUUCCUACGCCCCCGACCUCAUCAUGUCGAUGCUUGAUUCUUUCUUCAACAAGGGAUUUAAAGGAGCUAAAUGUAAAACUCUGUUGAAAUUGACGAUUCCAAGGAUAAAGUUGCUAAGGAACAGGAGAGAGAUUCAGAUUAGGCAGAUGCGACGUGACAUAGCCAAGCUUCUUGAGACUGGUCAAGAAGCCACUGCUCGCAUCCGGGUGGAACAUAUAAUAAGAGAAGAGAACAUGAUGGCUGCUCAAGAGAUUCUUGAGCUGUUUUGUGAACUUAUUGCCGUUCGCCUUCCAAUCAUUGAAACCCAAAGGGAAUGUCCUCUUGACUUGAAAGAAGCGAUCUCCAGCGUGUGUUUUGCUGCACCAAGAUGUGCUGAUCUACCAGAAUUGCUGCAGGUGCAGAUGCUCUUUGCUUCCAAGUAUGGCAAGGAAUUUGUGUCAGCUGCAACUGAGCUCAUGCCAGAUUGUGGUGUUAAUCGCCAGUUAGUAGAGUUACUAUCUAUACGUGCACCUUCAUCCGAGAAAAAGCUCAAGCUUCUUAAAGAAAUUGCUGAAGAGCAUGAGUUAGAUUGGGAUCCAGCUGCCACUGAAACUGAGUUUUUCAAACCAAAAGAAGACUUAUUGAAUGGACCAACUCAGUUUGUCAGUGGGUCUAAGCUGCCCCUUCCCAAAGAGAAACAUGAUGAAACUUUAAACACUGUCCCUGAUCAAGCUCACAAUGAACAGCCUGAUUCUGAUACAAGAUUGGAAAUGUUAGACUUUCCUGAAGUUCCUAAGGUGGCACUACAACCAAAUGUAAAUCCUACAUCAGCUACACCGAUAACUCCACCAAUGCCAGUUGCUCCACCGUCUGAAGUUGAUCAAGAAUCAUUGCGACAGUAUGUAGCUACUGAAAAUUUGUCACAGGCGCUGCACUUGGAACCUGAGGAGGUGACACCAGAAAGAUCAGUGGCUGACAGAGACGAAAUGCCAUAUAAUUCUGUGAGUACCAAAGAAGACAGACAGUUUGUGCCAUUCAUUGCUCCCCCAUCACUAUCUUCUGUGCCAUUUUCUGCAAAACAGAGUGAUCCACCAGUUGUGGUUUCAAGAACAAAAAGUGAAGCCAAUGUGGAUUUGCAGGAUGUUUUGGCUGCCGCACAGGCAGCUGCUGAAACUGCAGAACGUGCAGCAGCAGCAGCUCGCACAGCAGCUAGUCUUGCCCAGAUUAGAAUUUCUGAGCUAACUAAGAAAAAGAAUGAUGAAGACUCUGUGGGUGACUCUGAGAACCCAUUCUAUAUAGAUGGCCCUGAGCAAUCAUCUACUACAGAGAAGCCACAACUUGAUCAAAAAUUUUCUCUGAAUGAUCCUGAUUGUGCUCUACAUUCCGGGGACUCCCAUCAAGUUCAUCAAGAGCUUAGGGCAUCUGAGUUAUCUCAUCUUCCUUCAUUUGACAAACUCAAAGUUGGUUUUGAUUCUCCUUCCAAUGAUCAAGUUUUUGAUCAGGAGCCUGUUAGUCACCAGCCACAGAGAUUGCCUUCAAUGGACGAAGAGUUGUAUUCAUAUCCAAACUUGUUUUCAUCACAAAACUCAAAUCUUGGUUCUGGCACUCAUUCUUUUCCUGAUAAUUCCAAAUCCGACCAUCAGGUUUGAGUCAAAACAGAACUUUGUGCAUUGUGUUUUUAGGUCCUGCUGGAGAUUGGAUUUUAUGUUAUGGCACUUAUAAAAUAUGGUAUUCUUCUUUAUCAUUGUGUAAAGUGUUGGAAUAUUUUUUUUCUGUGAUGUUAUGAGUAUAAUUUACAUACCA